AUGACUCCAGAAAAACCUGGCCAAGAAGGAGAUACUGAGAGGAAACAUUAUAAUAGAUCUCUAGAAGCACUGGCGAAACAGAUCAAGCACUUAGAGAAAUUGGUUUUCGAUUCCUACAAACCCAAGAAGGAACUUGCAGAGAUAAGCUCCAAGCUGACUUAUCACGUGAAUCAGCUACAGAAGGAAUUGCUUAGAAGAAAGCCAGAUGAAAUUACAAGCGGAGAAAACCCAGCCAUAAUAAAACAGACAAGGACCAUAGAGACACAAGUGACAGAAGAAGAAAUUCUAGAGGAGUGGGCGAGUAGAAGGUCACAAAAAAGAGCAGAAAUCGAAAGAGUUCUCAAUAACGAGAAGGAGUUUGAAAGUCUCGCAGAAAUUUUGGAUGAAGAGUGGCCGGAAGAAUUCUACAGAGUCGCACAACUGGAACCAAAAACGUUUCUUCAACUAGAUUCGAACGAAGAUCUCGCGAUAUUUAUGGAUCCCAAAGGAGUGAAAGAAGAGGAAUAUAAUGAACUUCUGGCCCAAUACCCCGCCAUCGCCCCCCUGGUGAGAGAAGGUCUCGUAGAAGGAAAAAUGGACUUCGUGAAGUUUCAAAUUGGAAUAACCAGUAGCAGAAAUGAUCAGGAGCAGGAGAAUUACACUCAGUCUGUUUUCAUCCUCCCAAUGACGAUGGAUGACAGCGGAGUGGAAGACGUGGAAAUGAUCCACAAACUUACAGUUCAGCUCAAAAUCGAAAUGGAGAAAACCGACAGAAAACGACUGAGGAUUGGCGCCCUGGGAAGAAUUGAUAUGAAAUACCUUCGGAAAUGCACGGAAUUUAGUCUACGAGGCCUAGAUAUGAAGGCAACAAUCUGCAUCAAAGAGGAAAAGAAAACACAGGGAGAUAGAUCAGGAACAAAUGGAGGAAAAAAGACCAGGAACUCGGACAAGGAUAGAAUAAUCAUAAAGGCACAAGAAGAUUUGAUACUGGAUAUUGCUGAAAGCUACAUUUAUAUCGAGGGAAAAUUCAUCCCGAACGAUUUAGCAAAAACCUGCCAUCUGUCCAAUAAUGCGCUCGCAUUUCUGUUCGAUGAAAUCCGUUAUGAAAUGGGUGGCGAACAGGUGUGUUUGAUUCGAAAACCGGGCAUUACCACUACAAUGAAAAGUAUGAUAUCUUAUGGUGAGACAAGCACCAAAUUUUUAGACACGGUUGGAUGGGGUCUCGAUGAAAAUAAACAGGUGAUUCUAGAUACACCCAGUCAUACAUUCAGCGGAAAACUACCGCUUAAAUUUUUAAUGGGGUUUGCAGAGGACUAUAAUAAAGGAAUUCUGAAUAUAAAGCAGGAGCUUAUACUCAUCAUAGCACGCUCAUUCAAAAACUCCUAUAUGGGGGAAGUUGAUGCGAAUGUGACGAUCAACAAAAUCGAAUGGAAGAUAAGGCAUGUGAUGCCGUCCGAUAGGCAGAAAUUGAAGUUGUUGAAUCGAUUGAAUAAAAGUUCUACAGCAAAAAUCAAGUUAGCAUACAGGAUGUGGGAUUUGUAUGAGUUACCGGCCAUUCGUGAAACAGCUUCAGAUAUUUGGGCUAUCAAAACAACUAGUAGCCUCGAGCGCCCGCGAUACAUCAUUAUCGGUUUUCAAUGCUCCGAUAAUACAGAUGAUAGAUCCAAGGACGCUACGAAAUUCAUUCACGCAGGAGUGAAUAAUAUUCGCCUUUACUUGAAUUCAGAAGUUUACCCAUAUGAGCGCUGGAAUUUGGAUUUUGACAGAAAGUUAGAUGCUGUGGCUUACUAUGCAUACGAAAAUUUCCAACGUAGUUACUAUGGCAAAGAUAUGGGUGAACCAAUGAUGAGUAUUGAGGAGUUCCGAAAAAAUCCGUUAUUCAUCAUCGACUGCUACCACCAACCCGAUGCGAUGAAAACUUCUACUGUCGACAUCAAAUUGGAGUUUGAAACCCGCGAAACGAAGUUUCCACCAAACACAAAGGAUAUCCUAGUAUACAAACAAGCUAAAAAGUAUAAAGUAAAAUAG